UGUUUUGAAUGAACACCUGAAAAUAGUUGCUAGUAGCUAGCUGCCAAGUUAAUGCUCACGACUGAGUGUGUUUUCUUAGACAUUUUAACCCACUGUAGCUGUAUCGAUAGCAUUAACAUCCUCCUACCCAUGAGCCUCUGCAUGUGUCGGUAUGGACAGUCGAUGUUAUUGUUGUGCGUCCAAGUUUAGCCUCUUCAAGAAGGAGCUGGGCUGUAAGAACUGCGGCCGCUCCUUCUGCUCCAGCUGCUUGACUUUCAGUGCUGUGGUGCCUCGUUGUGGCAACACCCAGCAGAAGGUCUGUAAACAGUGCCAUGGUAAUCUGACCAGUGGGCAAUCCUCAACCAGUGCUGGCAGAUGGUCUCCUCCAGAAAACUAUAAAAAACGGGUCGCUGCACUUGAGGCCAAACAGCAAGGACAGCCAACACAGCCUGUGAGGACCAGCAAAGCAGGACAUCCACCAACCAGCGGCCUGAGCAAAGAAGAUCAGGCAAUUGCUGAAAGGCUUCAAAAGCUCAAGGAGGACACAGCACCUAGGUCUGUCCCCUCUGACAAAGAGCUCGAGUCCCGACUUGCUGCUCUGAAAGCUCCCAGCAAGCCAGUACCUUCUGCAGAGGAGAUGGAGGACCGUCUGGCCACUCUGCGGGGUCUCCCUCCACCAUCUCAAGCUCCUCGACCUGUGCAUCAGCCUCCAGAAAACCGGACCCAGACUGAACAAGCCAAUGAUUUGAUAAGUCAGAUGACAGAGGAAGUUGCAAUUGACAACCAGCAAUCAAAUCCUGAAUGCAGUGUAGAUGGCCGUAUGAAUGAUCUCAAUAAAGGUGAGGCAGGUACAUUGGAUGAGAAUUUGGAAGAGAACCAGGAUGCAGCCAAGCAGCUGGAGGCUGAGAAAGCCCAUCUGCUUGAGGAAGCUAUGGAGGAGCUGAGGAAAGAGCGUCACUCUCAGGAUCAGAUCCUGCACAUGGCAAAGAGGCUGGCACAGCUGAAGGGGCAGGACCCGGACAAAGUUACUAUGGAGGACUUCCAGCAACCUGACAGUGAAGAGGAGACUGAAGAAGAAGCUGUUAUGAGAGUGUUAAAACAGCUCUCAGAAGAAGCUACACUAGAUGAGGCCAGUGGCUACAACAUACCUUUAGAACAGAGUGGGCCAAGGAAUAGGGAAAAGAAAAAAUCGUCCAAGAAACCGGCUCAGCCUCCGGCACCUAAGAGCAGGAACCUACCUGCUGCUGAUGCACAUCAGCCAUCAGACAGUGAUGAAGAAGAGCUUCCGUGGUGCUGCAUCUGUAACCAAGAUGCCAGCCUUCAAUGUCACACCUGUGAUGGAGAUCUGUACUGCAACCGCUGCUUCAGGGAAGGCCAUGAUAAAUAUGACAGGAAGGAGCAUCGCACCACUAACUACACUGCGCCAAAGAAGAAGAGGAAGACAUGAUAGUGAAGCUAUGCUGCAGGUGAUUGGUAGAGUUCGGCCAGCCAUCACACUUAGACUUGUUCAUUAGCCUUAAGUGACUUACUAUUGUUAGAAAACAGUCUCUCUAAUCAUCUAAAACAAGCCACAAACCAUCAGAACUCCUCAACAUAUUUUAUUCAGUAAAUGCUAAGGCUGAACUAAUUGAAUGGAGCAUAAUAAGAAACCACUGGUAAUAUUUCUUGCAAAGCACGGGCUAGAUAAGGAUCAUAAACACAAUGUAAAUGCAUUAUAAUAUGUAUAAUAUCUUAAAUAUAGUUUAUUUUUUGUGGAAUGUAUAAAAAUAGACGUAUGUAAUAUUUGCAGAGGCUGCUAGACAGUGCAGCAAACCUGCACGGCCGCUUCACAUAGGAAUCCCAAAAAUUUAUAUGGUUGAUCUGAAUAAGAAGUAUUAGAUUUAUUUUUAUUUUGACUUGUCCUAGUUCCUAAUGGCAACAAAGGCUUAUUUAAAGUGCUCUUUUGCACUUGUCAUCAUAUGAUGAUUUCCAAGUUUUUAUAACCCGUACAGAAAGCAGACACGUCGUGAGCUCGUCUGGGAUGAUGUACAAUCCCAGACUGCUGUCAGCUCUGCACCGAAGAAGCACAGAGGAGUCAGUAUAAAAGGAUUACUAAGGGCUUUGUUUUCUUUUGGCAGUCACUGCAGUCGCUCUUGUAAUCUGUGUUUGGCUGUGUGUGUAAUUUCGUUAUAAAUAAAGGAUAAGUAUUAGCAACUAUGUCACGUCGUUGAGAGCAUGCAGCAUACCUUAGUUUUAAUUUAAACAUUAAAGCCUUAUUUUUUUCCUUUUUAGGUCCAACGUAUUAUUACUUGAUAAAAAUAUCUCAGUCUGUCAGGCCUUGUAAGGAGUGCAGUUCUUAUAGUAUAUAUGCCUUCUUUGUCAGAGAAGUCGAGGAGAACCAUAUAAAUUUCUAUAGUGGAGACCUCACCCGAAAGACCCUCUGUGUUUGACAGAGAGAAGGCCAGAGUGCAGGCUCAUCAGCGUGCAUUACUGUCUGGCUGAGGAGAAACCAUAAUUAUACUCUUCUCUUGGGACUUGCUCCAUUAAGGUUCAUAUGGAAAGUGUUACUGUGCCUUUUCUGGCCGUGUCAUACACGUACCCCAGACAGGAAAUGGACGAGGAUAAUGGAUGCAUACUUAAUGGAACAUCUUGUUGCUGAUCUCAGUGUGUUUACACCUACUCUUGACAUGUCAAAGUUUCCUUUGUUUCCGUCAAUUUGUUGAAAAUGCCUGAAAACACUACCUUAUGUUUUGGGAAUAAAAUGCUGACUGCCGUUCUGUAGGAAAGUUGUCUGUAGACAGUAGGGCAGAGUCAUUAUCCGUGUUUCUGAGCAGUUAUGAGCUCAGG